UUAUUCUUGCCGUUUGAGCCGGUUGGAUGCCUUUAGCAUUUAAGACAAGUGAACUGUUUGCGUUGUAUUUUUUAGGGGAAUCGCGUUCAGAAAAAAAAUAAACAAUAACAAGAUCUCAAUAUUAAUUCUCGUUUUUGUGGAUCGGUUUUGAUUUUCUCAAAAGUGUCAUUUCUUAUUUUAUUAUGACUAUCAAGCUUUUUACUUCGUGAUGUGUGUGUGGUGAUUGUUUAAUUUAUUUUCGUUUUUUUUGGCAUACGUCUGUGUCUAGUGAUUCAAUUUCACUAUAAUGGAUUAUAAUGUUUAUAAAAGUUGGUAGCUCCCUUAGGAAGCAUUUUAGGACCCAUGUGGGUGACGGUGCUAUGGCCUGGCAUGGGAGGGUCCAGCCCGGUCUGCUGCUUCUCCUCUUCUCCUUCGUCGUUAUAUCAGAGGGCACGGCUAAAAGCUUAGAACCAUAUCGAUACAUGUAUGAAACUGCUUACGCUUGCGAAGGAAAAACACUAAAGAUCGAGUGCAAAGAGGGAGAGCUGAUAAAGUUAAUAAGAGCGAAUUACGGAAGAUUUUCGAUAACAAUAUGCAACGACCACGGAAACACCGAUUGGAGCGUCAAUUGCAUGUCCCCAAAGUCCUUGCAAGUUUUAUUAAGAAGCUGCAUUCAAAACAAUAAUUCCUCAUGUAUAAUCGAUGUUAAUAAUGAUACAUUUGGGGAUCCAUGUCAGGACACAUACAAAUACAUUGAAGUACAUUAUUAUUGUGAUGCAACAACCACCACAACAACAGUAAGACCUAGUCCACCGUGGCUAAUAACGUCACAAUCGCCCAUGUGGAGUACAAUAAAACCUUCGGCUCGCCCCGCACCUGCACCGCAAACCCCUAAAGUUUCAGUAACCCCAGCAAAUCGCCCGACGCCGUCGACAACGGCUAAAGUGGCCACCGCGCGCGCCAGACCUCAGCCCAAUCAACCGAACGUCAACAAUUCCUCCCGCACUCCCGUGGCCUCGCCGCCCAACGAAGAAAACAACACCAUCCCCGAUGAGAUUACAACUUUACCCUAUACUACUACCGCCCCCAGAAAAAUUACAUAUGAAAGCACUCUGCCAAACACGGACAUAUCACCUAUGGUACCUAGCGUAAUACCUAUAUCAACAGAUGAUGAAUCCUUACCAAAUCACUGCAGCUCGAAGACAGUGCGCGGUAUUUACUGGAAUCGCACAAAAUUGGGCGAAAGUAAGACCCUGAACUGCCCCGAUGGCACUCAAGGUUUCGCCAAGUGGUCGUGUUUGGAGGUGAACUCGACUCCGCGAUGGUCACCGGAGUUUCCGGAUUUAAGCAAGUGCAAGUCGGUGUGGUUGACAAGUUUGGAUAACAGAGCUGGAAGAGAUCCGCCAAUUUCAAUAGCUAGCGAUUUGGCUAAAGUGACCAGCAGCAAAACCUUGUAUGGUGGCGAUAUGAUCAUUACGACCAGGAUUGUGCAGAAAAUGACGCAAAAAAUGUCGCAGGAUAUACAAACUUUCCCCGAUACCAGACAAAGGGAAGAAAUUGUUACAGAGCUGCUGGAAGAUGUGGCCAAAACCGGUAGCAACUUGCUCGAUCCCUCGCAACUGCCAUCAUGGAGGGAUUUGAGCUACAAGGAGCAAAUGAGUGUUGCUACCUCGUUGCUCAUCGGUCUUGAGGAAAACGCUUUUCUGCUCGCUGAUACUGUUAUGAGCAAUAAGGUUGUCGAUAGGGAGUUCAAGAAUAUAUUAUUGUCAGUCCGCGUUUUAGACACAAAAUCUCUGAGCACGGAAGUUUUCCCUUCGAACACGAAAAACAAGUGGAUUGGCAGCAAUGACUCCAUCGAGCUGCCUAAAGGUCCGCUUUUGGAGAAUAGCGACGGUAAUUUCGUGCGACUCGUCUUCAUCGCGUUCGACAGGUUGGAGGAGAUUCUUCAAUGGCAGCCGGAUAACGCCGAUCCGAACUCCAACAAAAACGUCACCAGGAUAUUGAACAGCAAAGUAAUAUCGGCUAGUUUGGGGAAAGGCAGGCAUAUUCAGCUGAGAGAGCCGGUAAGGCUCACCCUGAAGCACCUUAAGGUGGAGAACGUCAGCAAUCCCACGUGCGUCUUCUUGGACUACACCACCAAUAGUUGGAGCGAAGAAGGGUGUCACGUGGACACCCAGGCGUCCAAUAAUACGCACACAGUCUGCCUGUGCGAUCAUCUAACAAACUUCGCCAUCUUAAUGGAUGUCCACGCCAUCUAUCUGCCGAUACAGCACGAGAUUUCCUUGCAAGUUAUCACCUACGUUGGCUGUAUUAUUUCCGUGGUUUGCCUUGUACUUGCAGUGAUUAGUUUUUUAGCCAUAAAAGGAAUCAAGAGCGAUCGGAACACAAUACAUUGGAACUUGUGUUUAUGUCUCCUAAUAGCUGAAGUCAUCUUUCUAGUCGGUAUCACUCAAACCCAAAAUAGAGUACUAUGCGGCACAAUAGCCGGGCUACUGCAAUACUUUUUCCUCUGCGCCUUCAUGUGGAUGCUUCUUGAAGGUUUUCAACUCUACGUUCUUCUAAUCGAAGUGUUCGAAGCAGAAAAAUCGCGCAUCAAAAAAUAUUGCUGCUGCGCAUACAUAAUACCAGCCCUCGUCGUCGGAAUAUCGGCUUUGAUCUACCCCCAAGGCUACGGCACUGAACGACAUUGCUGGCUUCAAACCGACAAUUAUUUUAUUUACACGUUUGUUGGAAUCGUAAUGGUUAUUUUAGUUUUAAAUGUAAUAUUUUUAACACUAGCAAUAGUAAUGAUGUGUCGUCAUGCUAGUUCGUCAGUAUCGAUGAAGAAUAAAGAACAUUCCAGACUUGCUAGCACUAGUGGAAAGGAGGAAAAUGCACUUCAAAACAAAUUGCAAGUUAACUUGGCAUGGCUCAAAGGCGCUGUAGCCUUAGUGUUCCUCCUAGGUUUAACCUGGGCUUUCGGAUUCCUCUACAUUAACGAAGAAUCGGUCGUGAUGGCGUACAUAUUUUGCGUAUUUAACUCCCUCCAGGGCCUCUUUAUAUUCGCAUUCCACUGCGUACAGAACGAAAAGAUUCGUAAGGAGUACCGGAAAUUCAUCAGGAAACACUCAUGGCUGCCGAAAUGUUUAAGAUGCUCGAAGGUUUCGAGCCCGCAGAACAGCAGUUCCGGCGGAAGUUCCGGCUUGAGCGGCGGCGGCAAGGAGCGGCGCACCAGCGUUUACGCGGGCUCGAACGGAAACCCGGCGUCGGGCACAAAUUCGCAUUCGACCGACAAUUCAGUUCUGUCGCCUCAUGGACAAAGUGUGGGUACCAACUCGAAUAUUGCGAUCUCCAACACCCUUAAUAACGCGCGUCCGACCGUAUUAGUUCAGGUUCUUACUAGAACUGACUUGAACAAUGCAAGUACCACUACCGUCAACCAUAAUCGGCUACAUAACGUGUCUCAGCAAGUUGCACCGCGGUUGGAAUUCCCAAAGUUGCAGCAAUGUGAAUCACGUGGGCAAACCUGUAACCACUUCUACUUCGGCCAACAUGGCUGCUACUCUGUGUCGCCCGACCUUAACUCCCGGACACACGUACCAACCCCCUUCCGUUGACCUUAAACCGACUAACACCCCCAACACUUCCACCCUACCGUACAUUAGAAAUUUUUGUAAAAAUACCAAUAACCCUAAUCCUAACAUACCCAAGUCUAUUUCUACCUGGGGUCCAUUACAAAAACCUCACUGGAAGUCAUAUAGUCGUGAUUCGGGACAUGGCGGGUCUGAGAAGGAGGAAUCGCCUCGUUCGCACGCGAUGCUGUCCAACAUGAACACGGUAGGGCGCAGAUACAUGCCGACCUCGGAGCAGGAGAUGAUGACGCAACAGCAGCAAAUCUACAACGACUACGGGUUGAGGAUGCAAAACACUUUGCCGCACCCGAUGCACUUGAACUUGAAGAAGAAGAACAACGGGAGUUACAACGGCAAGCAAGGCAACUGGAAUCACCACACGUACAGCGAAAUCGACGGCAGGGGCGUUCGAGGCUACGAAGACGAUCCCGUGUACGAGGAGAUCGAGCGCAACGAGAUCCAAGUGAGCGACAUGAGCGACGAGGACGGGAAGAGGCAGAGCGACAUGAGCAGGCAGUCUUCCAGGUCCUACGGCGAUCACAGGCCGUUGAUUCCGCACAGCCCGGGCGCCGAUAGAAGCAAGGAGCUGCUGAGAUACAACUGCAUCAAUCAGCCGACUGCGCCGGACGUUGAUACUUACCGUUCCCGGCCCACAAUAGUGUAUCGCGGCAACGGCGGCGAUUUGCGCUCGCUGGCCGCCGUUUUGGACGGCGAGACGGUCGUUUGUCAUUUGGAACCUCCCGAUAUGUAUUCGCGCGACCCCUACAUGUCGAGAACACUGGCAAUGCCACCUUAUACUAGUGAGAGUUAGGAAAUUGCCAUUUCUAAGUGAUAUCUGUGAUUUUAACACAUGAUCAGACUCUAAGGUCAUUUUUUUAAUCAAUUAAUUAAUUGAUAUAUUAAGUAAGCCCCCUCUCAAAACUUUUUUAUCAACUGUACAAAUCCGAAAUUGUUCAUAUACCUUCCGGAUUUAAGAAACUUGAUUUUCAUUUUAUCAAGCUCCUUAAAUCCUAUAUAUAUAAAUAUAAUUAUUAGUAUGAUGUUAGGCGUAGGGUUUCAAGUAUAUGGACAAUUUAAAUUAUUCAUUAGAAAUGUUUAGUUGUGUAUAUAAUUUAUUUAAUUUUAUUUAGGUAUCCAAAUUGGCAACUAUUAAUUUAAAAAAGAGUGAAUUAAAUUUAUUGAACAAAGCUACUUUAUUUUUUAUUUACGCGCUCUUUUCAUUAAUAUUGCAACAUACGACUGGUCUAUUUUAUAUAAAAAAUGACUUCCUCUAAGUGUAUACGGGGCAUUCCCCGACCCCUUUCGAUUUGGCUAAAACUUUUUCUUCCGUAUAAAAAACAUUUUUCAGAAUGUUUUCAAAUAUCUAUAAUCUUUUCAAAAAAGGGAUUUAAAAAAAAUUUAAAAUGACAAUCAUCGAGAAAUUUUCUGAAAGAAAAAUAUAGAAAAAUUAUUCAGACCGAUCUUCUACGUAUUUUUUUAAUUUUCGGAAAAAACGAAAAUUUCUCGAUGAUUGCCAUUUUUAAUUUUUUUAAGUCCCUUUGAAAGCAAGAGUGUUGAAAAACAAUUUGUUGGGUGAAAAAACUCAACCAAAUCGAAAGUGGAAAGUAAUUGACAUCUGUAUGCUGAAUAAUGCUUUUUCAGUGCGUUACGUUUAACAGUGUUCUGUUUAUUUAAAGAUUGGUCUGAAACAUUCUGCAAAGUUUUAGAAACAUCCACAUAUUAUAAAACGUUCUAAAAUCAGAACAUUUCAAAACCUUUAGAACAUAAUGGACGUGUUAUACUAUUCUUAAACGUACACAUUGAUUCUUAAAUUUUGUACCAGUUAAGCUUUAAGAGGCAUAUUAGCAGGCACAACUGUAUAUAUAGUAAUAUCAAAAGCGUACGUACACCGUUUGCACUUGUUGGCAUUCUACCUAUAAAUAUUCUUAUGAUUUUUAGCGAAUCUAUAACGAGUUAAAAAUGUAUAUUUAUAUAGACUGGGUCUCGACUAUGUUUUAAUUUUACGCCCUGCACAAUGCCAUUUAAAAAUUAUCGAAUGUAUGUCUUUGCUUGGUGAUCUUGAUACUUUGAGCUGAACAUCACUUAUUCGUAGUUAAUAUUUAUAUCAGUUAGAUAGGUGAUGUUUGGCUUUGACUUGAAAGUAAAGUAAAAAUGGAUGUAUUUUUGUAAAAAUAAACAGGUAAUUAUUAAAAAUGUAUGUGUCAUACUAUUAAGGUUUCUUAAAUGUGUAUUAUAUAAAUCUUAUGAUACUGGCUCACUUAUUCCUUUACUUAUGGAGACCCAGCAUUUUUUUUAACUUACCGUAUAAUGGAUUUGAACAACAAUCCGCAGUUUUAAACCAAGUUUACACUUACUACUGCAAUCAACUGUCUAAGCUUGGUUUAAAUUAAACAACUUACCCUUACAUAUAUAAUAAAGUAUACAAAAACCUUUCAUAAUAUAAUUAAAAAAAACCUAGAUUAAAACAUACAAUGUUGAUUACUUUUCGUUUUUAAGUUAUUACAAUAAUUAUAAUGUAUAUAUUGUAUAGUGCUUUGUACAUGUUGAUUUUAUUGAAUGGUACGACUUAGUCAGGCGUAAUAAUAAUAAUAAUAAAAUCUGUUGGAGCUACGGUUUUUUAGGACUGGCCGUAGCCGCAAAAAAACCACACGAAAAUGUAUUAAAUUUUAAUAUAAAAUCACAAAGUCUG